CAACAUGCUUAUGACGUCAAAUCUACGCGACUACACACGGCAUGGCUUUUACUUAUCAGGCAUGGACUGCUCUCUCGUGUUGAAAAGUUUAGAGUGAAGUUGAUCAACUUUGAAACCAUAACGACAUGGAUGUGACCGAUGCUAACGACGACAGUUUUGGAAUAGAAGUUAUUCUUCCAGAGGACAAUAAAACAGCGCCACGUUGUCCGCAUGGUCCAACCUUGCUAUUUGAGAAAGUUAGCAAAGGAGGUGAUAAAGGCAGGAAGUUUUAUGCCUGCUCUGCCUGUAGAGACAGAAAAGACUGCAACUUUUUCCAGUGGGAAGAUGAUAAGGUGUCAGAGGCCAGGCUUUCGGCCAGAGAAGCAGAGAACAAGUCAAAGAGACCUCUGUUCACCCAUCAGGAGUACUGUAGGAGGUUAAAAAAGUUAUCCUCCCUCCUGCUGGGUGAGAAGAAGUUCUGUCAGGAUUGUCAGAUAUUGCUCCUGCCAGGAGAGCAUGAGGCCCAUUCCUCUCACAGAUCAACGGUCGUCUCCACGGCUCAGAUGAGCAGGCCCAGUGUGUUGCUGCGUCCUCUGGACAACAAGAAGAGCAACGCCCAGUACCUAUUCACCGACCGCAGCUCCCACUUUCUGCUGGACACCCUUGCUGGUCUGGGAUAUAGGAAGGUGCUGUGUGUGGGCACACCCAGACUUCAGGAGCUGAUCAAGUUGAGAAACCUGGAGCAAAAACAUGAGCAAAUGAAGAGUCUGCUGCUGGACAUUGACUUCAGAUAUGCCCAGUUCUACGGCCAGGAUGAAUUCUGUCACUACAACAUGUUCAACCAUCACUUUUUUGAUGGAGAGGCUUCCAGUGCAGUCCUGCAGGCCUUCCUCAGAGAGUGUGACGGGCAGAAGGUGGUGAUGGUGGCUGACCCUCCAUUUGGUGGACUGGUGAAGCCUCUGGCCAACAGUUUCUCUCUACUUUCACAGACUUGGAGGAAGCUGAGUUCUGACAGCAGUAAUGCUGAAAUGCCCAUGAUGUGGAUCUUCCCGUAUUUCUUUGAGCCUCGCAUCCUGGAAUGUCUCCCCUCAUUCACCAUGCUGGACUACCAGGUGGACUAUGACAACCAUCCUCUGUAUAAACAUGGGAAGACAGGCAGGAAGCAGUCUCCUGUCAGACUCUUCACUAAUAUUUCACCCAGAGACGUUGUCCUGCCCAAAGAAGAGGGCUACAGAUUUUGCUCUACAUGUCAGAGAUUCGUCUUGUCCCUCAACAAGCACUGUGCUAAAUGCAAUGUCUGCCCAUCCAAGGACGGUCGAGAAUGGAAGCACUGUUCAACAUGCGAGAAAUGUGUGAAACCAUCCUGGAAACACUGUCAGCCCUGUGGCCGCUGUGCCCUCCCAGACCACCCAUGUGGACUUGGUCAAGAAAAGGAGGGCUGCUUCAACUGCGGUAGCCUGAAGCACAAACGCAAAGCUUGUCCUGUCAAAGGCAAAAACAAGAGCAAAAGUUAUCGCUCCCUUGCUAAGAGUGGAGGCAAAAAUGUAUCCCAUCGCCCCAACUUGAAGCCUAAAGCUAAGAGGAAGUCUGGAGCAGCUCGCAGAGCAAAGAAGAUGGCUGCUCUAUCUAAGUGAUCUCAGCAUUCAUGCAGUCUCGAGCAAUGAGUUUUUAUUUAAAACAAUUACUCAAAUGACAACGUAACAGUGUUAGCCAUUGUUGUAGUAAAAUAAAAAAUAAAGAGGUUUUGUCUUGCUUUUUUUCAUUGAAAUGCAUAGA